UUGCCGAGUCAUUAGUCCGCCCGUUAUAUUGAGCACCUGCAGCAGUUUCCCGCCCGCUAGCUAAUGCUAUGGCCACUCCGCCGAAGAGGACGUGUUACAGCCCCAGCCUGGACCUCAGCUUCCAGAAGCGCAGCAAGAAGAUCUCUAUAGAGGGGAACAUUGCUGCUGGAAAAUCAACAUUUGUCAGAAUUCUCGAAAAAGCGAAUGAUGAAUGGGAGGUUGUUCCUGAACCCAUUGCCAAGUGGUGCAACGUCCAGACUAGUGAAAAUGAGCAUGAGGAACUUUCUACAUCACAAAAGAGCGGUGGAAACCUCCUUCAAAUGCUGUACGACAAGCCAACCAGAUGGGCUUACACAUUCCAGACGUAUGCCUGCUUAAGCCGUGUGAGGGCUCAGCUGAAGCCAGUGUCUGCCAAGCUAAGAGAAGCUGAGCACCCUGUACAGUUCUUUGAACGCUCUGUCUACAGCGAUCGGUACGUUUUUGCAUCCAGCUUAUUUGAAGACGGGAGCAUCACUGAGACGGAGUGGGCCAUCUAUCAGGACUGGCACACAUGGCUUCUGAACCAGUUUGAGAGUGAAAUUGAGCUGGAUGGAAUUAUAUAUCUCCGAGCAACUCCAGAGAAAUGUAUGGGCAGACUUCAUUCACGAGGCAGAGAGGAGGAACAAGGAAUUGAACUAGAAUACCUGGAAAGCCUGCACUAUAAACAUGAGAAAUGGCUGUACAACAGAACGCUACAGUUGGAUUUUGAGUCUUUGAGACACACACCAGUUCUUGUUUUGGAUGUCAAUGAUGACUUCAAGAAUGACAAGAUUCAACAAGAAGCAUUACUUGACCAGGUCAAAGAUUUUCUUCUAUCCCUAUAACCACUACUUCAAAUUAAUAUAUUGAUCGAAACUUGAGUCCUGGCGUCUAGCUGGAAUUUAGUGAUCCUCUACUUCUGCCUCCUGAAUUUUCCUCCAUUUUAAGUGUUUGUUGUUUUUAUUUUUAUUUUAUAUGUUCAUAAUUUAACUAUUUAAACUUUUGCUGUUAGCAUUUGUAUAUAUUUGCAUGUAAAUAUGCGCUUCUGGCUUAAAGGGGUUGCCGUUGCUAAGGCAAUAUGAGGCCCAGUCCCAACCACCAGCCAGCCGGGAAACUGAGCAGCAUGGCGGCUAUCGCUGCUUCAUAACUUCCAUGCACCACCAUGGGAGCUACAACAGCAUAGAACAAGCUGUGCUUAUUCCUUAACUCGGAGAUGGCUUGUUGUGCUACACUGUUUCCGUUGCUCCAAUGAGUCGCAAUAGGAGUCACUGAUGCAGCGAGCGUCAGAGCUCUGCUGUUUUCCAGCUGGCAAGUGGUCAGGACUGUCUAAUUUCGCUUUAGUAAUGGCAAGAUGAGACAGCCCCUUGUCUGUACAAAUAUUAUGAAAUAAAUUUUUAUAGUGUAACUUCUUUCAUGAAACUGCAUUGCUUUGUUAUAUAUUAGGUGCUCUACGGAAUUUACAUUGAGUUACUUUUAUUUAAAAAAAAAAAAUUAUUUAUAUUGUGCUGGUUUUCAGUCCUCAUUACUAAUG